AUGCGUCUCCUUCAGACUUUGGCAGCCUCGUUCCUGCUUGGUAGCUCCCUAUGCGGAGCUACCGGCACUGCCCACAAGGCCUCUCGGGAGCCCAUUGCGCCCAAGGUGUUCAUCGUCUCCAUGUUUGAACCGGAAGCUGAAGCCUGGUGGAACAUCCCUGAAUUCGACUUGUUGGCCCACAACAUCACUCUCCCUGGUCUGUCGCCUCUGUACCCGGACGUCCACUGCACCGAAGACUACGAGAUCUGCCAACUGAUCACCGGUGAGUCCGAAAUCAAUGCCGCGACCACGGUCACCUCCGUUGCCUUCUCCCCUCUCUUCGACCUCACUCGGACAUACUUCUUCAUUGCGGGUAUUGCCGGUGUCAGCCCCAAGAAGGCCACCACUGGAUCAGUGACCUUUGCGCGGUACGCUGUUCAGGUUGCGCUGCAGUACGAGAUUGAUAUUCGGGAGCUCGACAGCAACUACUCGACUGGAUAUAUCCCUCAAGGCGCGGACUACCCCGACCAGUACCCCACCAGCAUCUACGGAACUGAAGUGUUCGAGGUCAACGCGGAGCUGCGCACCAUCGCUGCCGACUUUGCGCGCAAGGCCAACCUUUCUGAUUCGGCCACCGCUCAGGCUUACCGCAAGCACUAUGCGACUCCCAGUGGAAAGUUCAAGGCCGCUACCUUGGGCCCGAGUGUUCUCGAAUGCGAUGUUGCAACGUCGGAUGUGUACUAUAGCGGAAAUAUUCUUGGCUCGGCAUUUGAAAACACCACCAAGAUCUUGACAAACGGCACUGGUGACUAUUGUUCCACCGCCCAGGAGGACAACGCAACCCUUGAAGUCCUUCUCCGCUCGUCGGCCCGCAAGCUGACUGACUUCUCCCGCAUCAUCGUGAUGCGCACUGCAUCGGACUUUGACCGCCCCUAUCCCGGUUCGUCGGCCGUCUACAACCUCCUCUACGCCGACCAGGGUGGCUUUUCACCUGCUCUUGAGAACAUAUAUGUCGCUGGAAUCAAGGUCAUUGAGGGUAUUCUCGACGGAUGGCACACUACGUUCUCCGCCGGAGUGGAGCCUACCAACUACAUUGGCGAUAUCUUCGGUACUCUGGGUGGUACCCCGGACUUUGGACCAGGACGGAAGCAGGCUCUUGUGGACAGCGGCGCAUUCAAGAAGCGCAGUGUCUCGCGGCGCCUCAGUCGCCGCGGUUAA